CAACACCAUUCCCUGUUGCGAGAGACAAAAUAAGCAUCGCAAUGGCCAUGGCUCUUCGCAGACUUUCCUCAACCAUCAACAAACCAAGCUCAUCUUUCACCAACGCCGCUUCUAUUUAUCGCAUGUCCUCUUCGCUCUCCGCUCAAGAAAAAGAAAAGUCUCGCGCUGAAUGGAUAAAGCAGCUCAACGAUCCUCUCGAGAUCGUGGAUCCUGAGAUCACAGACAUAAUCGAACUCGAAAAAGCUCGUCAAUGGAAGGGGCUUGAACUUAUUCCUUCAGAAAAUUUCACGUCGCUGUCAGUGAUGCAAGCCGUUGGAUCGGUGAUGACAAAUAAAUAUAGUGAAGGGUAUCCUGGUGCUAGAUACUAUGGAGGAAAUGAGUACAUUGACAUGGCUGAGACCUUAUGUCAGAAGCGUGCACUAGAAGCUUUUCGGUUGGAUCCAGCAAAAUGGGGAGUCAACGUGCAGUCAUUAUCUGGAUCCCCUUCUAACUUCCAAGUUUACACUGCUUUAUUGAAACCUCAUGAGAGAAUUAUGGCACUCGAUCUUCCCCAUGGUGGGCAUCUAUCACAUGGCUAUCAGACUGACACCAAGAAGAUAUCAGCUGUAUCUAUAUUCUUUGAAACAAUGCCGUACAGAUUGAAUGAGAGCACUGGUUAUAUUGAUUAUGACCAGUUGGAGAAAAGUGCUACACUUUUUAGGCCAAAGUUAAUAGUUGCUGGUGCUAGUGCUUAUGCUCGCCUUUAUGAUUAUGCACGUAUUCGCAAGGUAUGUGAUAAGCAGAAAGCAGUUCUGUUGGCUGAUAUGGCACACAUCAGUGGAUUGGUUGCUGCAGGUGUUAUUCCUUCUCCUUUUGAUUAUGCAGAUGUUGUAACAACCACAACACAUAAGUCACUUCGUGGACCACGUGGGGCUAUGAUCUUCUUCAGGAAGGGUGUGAAAGAGAUAAAUAAACAAGGGAAGGAAGUGUUGUAUGACUAUGAAGACAAAAUAAACCAGGCUGUUUUUCCUGGACUUCAAGGUGGUCCUCACAAUCACACUAUUGCUGGCUUAGCAGUAGCACUGAAGCAGGCUAUGACACCAGAAUUCAAGAAUUACCAAAAGCAAGUUCUUAGUAACUGCUCGACAUUUGCACAGAGUUUGUUAGAGAAAGGCUAUGAACUUGUAUCUGGUGGAACUGAGAACCAUUUGGUGUUAGUGAACUUAAGAAACAAGGGCAUUGAUGGCUCAAGGGUUGAGAAGGUGUUAGAAUCAGUUCAUAUGGCUGCCAAUAAAAAUACCGUUCCAGGGGAUGUGUCUGCUAUGGUUCCCGGAGGCAUUCGAAUGGGAACCCCUGCUCUCACAUCCAGGGGGUUUGUUGAGGAAGAUUUUAAAAAAGUAGCUGAAUAUUUUGAUGCGGCAGUCAAGUUAGCCUUACAAAUUAAGGAAAAUACCAAAGGUACAAAGUUGAAGGAUUUUGUGGCUGCUAUGCAAUCUGAUGCACACGUUCAAUCUGAGAUUGCGAAUCUUCGUCAUAAAGUAGAGGAUUAUGCUAAGCAGUUUCCCACAAUUGGUUUUGAGAUAGAGACAAUGAAGUAUAGCAAGUGAAGAUGACAUAUGAAACUGUUGGAGUUUUAUCAGGAAGUUUUUGGGAUUAAUGACACAGAUCUUGAUGUGAUGCCGAACGGUGUUGUACUUGAGUCUUGGAUGUAAUUGUGAAUUAUAUUGUCAGUUAAAGAGAAAAGGGAGAAAUUUCUUUUCAAUAAUGAUGAACCGUUUAUGGGGUUGAGCAUUUUCUUUCAACAUAGAGAAAAGACAUUAUUGAUUUGAAGUUAAAAAUUCCUUUUAAUUGUCAGUGUUGUGGUGUAGCAAAAAUGAGGUUGAUCAUUUGUGAAUUCUGCUAUUUGCUUAAUUUGUAUUAACUUUUGCAUUAAAUAAACUCAACCUCCCCCUCUAAUUACA